ACAGGCGCCCUCCUUCCGUGCCCAAUGUCCCGGCUGGACUUCCUGAAGGCCUCGCACUUUGCUCUGGGGCCCGACACGCGGCUGCAAGUGGGCGCCACGCAGUCCACUUCGCACCGGGACUUUCCCGCCUACCCCGGCGUUACCCCCGGGCCGCUGUGCCAGCCGCCGCCCUGCACGUCCCUCUUCCAACGAGACACGCGCGGGGGAGGCCAGGAGCACGUGUCGGAGACGCACUGCAGGUACGCGCCCCCGUCAGCGCAGCCGGCGAGAGAGCUGGAGCGGGAACUGACGCGGGAGCGCACGCUCACCAUGCAGGCCAGCCACCUGCACGUGCAUGCGGACGCUCGCUCCCGCACCGGCCUCUCCACCAUGCGCUCAGACUUUGGCUGGCCUGAGCCGCCGGCACGCGCCAGCGAGCAGAUCCGCGGCGCCCGCCUCAUCUUCGACCGCGAUUCGGUGCCUCCGGGCGACCGAGCUCAGCUGCGCCUCCCGUCCACCACUUACCAGGAGUUCUUCCCGCUCCGCGACGUUUGCCUGAAGCCCCGGGACCUCAGCUACCACCUCGGGGGUCCCAGUCCUCUCAAGUGGGACCAUAGGAGAGAGGUUGACACGACUUCCUACCAGACACAGUUCCGGGCCCUGCCAGGCCCACCAGCCUUGAUGUGUAAGAGGGCUUCCUCCAGCAUCAAACUUGGAGACCUCAAGAUUGGCUAUGGGCCCAUGUGCGCAGAGCAGAAACAAGCCUACAGGCCCCAGGUUCUGCCCCCAGACAGGUAUGACAAAGCCCAGGCCUCAGCCCACAUCCACUGUGUGAAUAUUCGUCCUGGAGAUGGCCUCUUCCAUGACAGCACCACCAUGGGAGAAUACUUCUAUGCCCGGGAGCCAGAGCCUUUGGUUCUUCACCACGACCAGACUCCGGAGUCACACAUCCUGGAAGGAAACGGAUGCCUGGGCCCAGGCAGCCUCACCACUUCCAUGCACUUCUUCCACGGCCAGCCGCUGGCGGUGACCAAGCAACCCAGCCGCCACGUGCCUCAUGAAGAACUGCAGAGUCAUAUAACCCUAGGGGAGCCGUCGCUACUAGGGCAGUUUUUCCAAACCACCAUGGGCACAGACUAUUACCCUGCUGGGAUGCAAAAGCCAAAGAAAGCGCCCAACCUCCACUGGCAGCGGAGCAACCUGCCAGAGGGUACCGGCGAACCAGAUUUCUUAACCAUGAAUCAGAAGAUGCUGAAACCUCACAGAACAGCUCCUGCUGCCGUGACUGAGGAGAUGCUACAGCGGUGCAAGGAUAGCCACUUGGAGCCCCCGCUGGGCAGACAGCGCUUCUUCUCAACCCUAAGCAAGGACAAGUUUGCCUUCAAAUACCAGGGCCCAGUCGUGUUGAGAAGGGACAACUUCCAGGAGAGUCACUUGCCACUGGGCUCCCUUCAUCACUGGGGCUGUGGAGCUGGGCAGGGAGACCCUGGGGCCCCCCAGGGCCCUGUCUACCCAUGCCGAAGCCAGCAAUAAACAUUGCUCUGGUAACGUC